ACUCGGAGAGUGUAGUUUCCUGGCCUCAGAAGUACUGGGUAUAGAUUUCAUUCCUCAACAAGUUGCAGCGUUGGUAUUUCUAAACAGGAACGAUGUUGAUAAGGGCGUUUGGUUUUUUCCUGGUCUUGUGGACUAUCAUAGAAAAAAGUGCAGGUCUGUCCUGUUACACAUGCGACACACAAAACACAACUACCAAACAAGGUUGCAAUGACCCAUUUGCAGCCAACACUACCUCUACCGAGUGUACAAUUAAGGAGGACGAGAGUGCUGCGUGUAUGAAGGUCGUUGCCGAGUAUACAUAUGUUGGCGCUGAGCUACCAUACUCAACAACUGCUGGAAAGGUUGUGUACAGGGGCUGCUUUGCAAUCCACGAUGACGAAAAGGAAGAUUUCAAAUUACGUUGCAUUCACAAGACUGCAGCGUCCGGAUCAUCAACGGAGUGUUAUUGUAACUCGGACAAUUGCAACGCUGGAUCAUCAAUUACAGCUUCAUUUAUCACACUCCUUGGAUUAACUAUAGCAUCAUUGUCAUUAGUAGUUCAACGACAUUAAGAAUUGAAGAAACGGAUGGGUUAGUCGUCUGCUCAUGUCCAAGUGCAUUAUGGGAUAGCCUACCAGCUUUACAUUCAACCCCGUCAUGUGUCACAGCAUUAUUGUUGUUAUUAGUAGUUGGACGACAUUAAGAAUUAACACCAGGGAUGGCCCAGUCGUCUGCUCAUAUCCAAGUGCAUUAUGGGAUAUUAGCCUCACAUUCAUUCCCGUCAUUUGUCAUACUCCUAAGAACAACUUUAACAUCACUGGCAAAAGUAACCUAUUUUGACAACAACAAUAACAUUUUUUAAAUUGUGAAGUGUAAGUUUUUUUCUGGUUUUGGAGGAAAUAUAGU